GCAGCAUGGCCCAGUCUGUCGUAGUGCAAGUCGGCCAGUGUGGGAACCAGAUUGGCUGCUGCUUUUGGGAUCUGGCCCUUAGGGAGCAUGCGGCUGUCAACAAGAAAGGAAUUUAUGAUGAUGCACUGAAGAACUUCUUUAGAAAUGUGGAUACUAGAGGAUCUGAUAUUUCCAAAGGAAGAAUUUGUUCACUAAAAGCACGAGCGGUCUUGAUUGACAUGGAAGAAGGAGUAGUGAAUGAAAUCCUUCAGGGACCAUUGAAAGAUGUAUUUGAUAGCAAGCAACUCAUCACAAAUGUUUCUGGCUCAGGGAAUAAUUGGGCUGUAGGUUACAAGCUUUUUGGCUCUCAGUACCGAGAUCAGAUUGUGGAGAAACUCAGACAGACAGCGGAGCACUGUGACUGUUUGCAGUGUUUCUUUUUAAUUCACUCCAUGGGAGGAGGGACAGGGUCUGGGCUUGGCACAUUUAUUUUAAAUGUGCUUGAGGAUGAAUUUCCAGAAGUAUACAGAUUUGUGACUUCAGUUUUUCCAUCUGGUGAGGAUGAUGUCAUUACUUCACCAUAUAAUAGUGUUUUGGCAAUGAAGGAACUUAAUGAGCAUGCAGACUGUGUGUUGCCCAUCGAAAAUGAAUCUCUAUUUGAAAUCGUUAGCAAAAUUAAUCAGAUGCUAAAUUCUGGAAAACCAGGAAUAACUGUGAAGCAACAGAGUCUGGUAACUUUAAAUGAAGGUGGUAUCAAAAAGAAGCUGGAUGAAAAGCCAUUUGAUAAAAUGAACAAUAUUGUAGCAAAUUUGCUGCUCAACUUAACAAGUUCUUCCAGAUUUGAAGGUUCCCUUAAUAUGGAUCUUAAUGAAAUUAGUAUGAAUUUAGUUCCCUUUCCUCAACUUCAUUAUCUUGUUUCAAGCCUCACACCUUUGUAUACAUUGGCAGAUGUAAACAUUCCUCCUCGAAGGUUAGAUCAGAUGUUUUCAGACGCUUUUAGCAAAGACUACCAGCUCAUUCAAGCUGACCCGAAGCAUAGCCUCUACCUUGCUUGUGCCUUGUUAGUUCGAGGAAAUGUGCAGAUUUCAGAUAUUCGAAGAAAUAUUGAAAGAUUGAGAUCUUCUCUCCACUUUGUCUCAUGGAAUCAAGAAGGCUGGAAAACAAGCCUGUGUUCAAUACCACCCGUGGGCCAUUCUCACUCACUCUUGGCACUGGCAAACAACACCUGUAUCAAACCCACCUUCAUGGAGCUUAAAACUAGAUUCAUGAGACUCUACAAGAAAAAGGCUCAUCUUCAUCACUACCUACAGGUUGAUAGAAUGGAAGACAGUUGUUUUACAGAAGCUGUAUCAUCUUUGUCAUCUCUCAUAGAGAAAUACAAUGAAUUAGAUAUCACAAAAGGCUUGCCUAAACAUGAACAAGUUAGACUAAAUAUAGUUAUAUAAAAACAUGUCA